CCUUUUUUAACAAAUUGCAGUGGCGUCAUUUCUUUUCCGAUCCCCUUCGAAGAACAAACAUCCAUUCACCAAUCUUCUUUCUGCGACGCCGGACCCUUCCAUCGCACACUAAUCGGAGAUGUACCUCAAGAAGGCAUUGUGGACCGACGGACUCACGCCCAAUCCCUCAGCUGAAUCUUCGCCCGACGACCAAUCGACGUCUGCAACCUCUUCCGCCGUCGGGGAGUUGGUCAAUUCUUUGAACUGUCAGAGGCUCUUUCGCGAGGUUACUUUUGCUCUCCGAACAGGCCUCAGAGACGCCAGCGCUGAGUUUAGCUUUCUCCGAGUCUGUGGUCUUCGUAGCCUCCUCAAGUCCCUUCGCUCCAUUGCUGAAUCCAAUUCUACGAUUGAGCUUUUCUGCCAGACUCAGUCCGUGCCCGAGCUUCAAGUGGUUCCAGUUCUAUUUCAACAGUCGUUAAAAGAAUCAGAGGAUGAUCCUGUGGUAAAUUUGGACCAUAUCUUUGGAGUGGAACCUUUGAAGAUCGCUAGUCCUUCAACCGAUGCCGAAGUUGCCCUUGCACUACGAGUAUUGGAAGGUUGUUGUCUUCUUCACAGAGAGAGCACUGCUUUAGCUCAUCAGCACAAGGCAAUUCCGGUUUUGAUGAAUAUAUUGUCAAUUCGUGGAGUACUUGAACAAGGUGCAUGUUUAGAUGCUUUAAUUUCAGUAAUGUUGGAUUCGUCGGCCAAUCAAAUGGAUUUUGAGGUUUGUAACGGUAUUGAGGAAGUUGCAGUGCUCAUAAGGGACAAACAGAUUGAUGAAAACCUCAGGUUGAAAUGCGGUGAGUUUUUAUUGCUUCUUAUUGGACAUGUAAAUGGGAGGGGAAGGCCUCCUCUAGCAACCAUACAUGAAGACAUAAGGCAGCUUCUAGGAGAGAAAUCAGCCUCCUUGAUAUGGGCAGCCAGUCAAUUUGGCUCCACUCUUGAUCCAGAGCAGAGAUUAACAGCACUACACAUCCAAGCUCGUCGGGUUCUCGAGUCGCUGGACCUGUAUUAAAUAUAAAUAUGGUAAUGUUUCUUUAGAUUCUGUCAUUGCAUCAAUAAACUCUUCCUGAUGUCUGUCUGGAAUGGGGCAGAUCCAGAGUAGUAAUAUCUCAUGAUGUCGGGUUUGGAGUAACGGUGAUGAAUUUUUAGGGUGGAAUGUUAAGGGAAAGGGGAUGAAGUUGGAAAAUCACGCACUUGGUCAAGUGUGAAGAGAAAAACAGGAACAACAUAUCUUUGGCUUGAUUUUUGAAGGAAACGUCCCUGUCUGAGGGAAUAUUGUUUGGUUGGGUACGAGAAAAUUGUGUUGUAGUGAGAAUAGCCCAUGCUUGAUUUUGGUCUUCACAUGAAAGUUCAACCAAUCCACAUUACUAAAUCAGGCAUGUUCUGUUAAACUUUUUUGAUAAAAAUCAUCAUUACUUCAAACUAAAUUGUUUCAUGAUA